AUGAAUGCAGUAUGGAUGCAUGUUAAUUGUCCUCAAUCAUGCAUGCUCUGUAAUGGUACUCAUUUGAAUUUCAAUACAUCAAUACGUCAAACAAUAUCGAUCGUUGAUGUGCGGAAAAAUAAUGCUCGAUUUGGAUGUGUCCCACAAUUACAUCAAAAUAAUUGCAAAAAAAAUUUAUGUUAUCAUCUUCGAUAUCGAACUUUUGAUGGUACAUGCAAUAAUUUACAAUCACCACAAAAUGGUGCGGCUUUUUCAUCGUACAUACGUUUAGAACCACCGCGAUACGAUAAUGGAGUUGGUGCGCCAACAUCGUCAAUUCGAAAAACACGUCCAUUGGCACGAGAAGCUUCACGUUUAAUGCUCACGUCAGAUGCUGAAGUUAGUAUUGCGUGA